GUAACGUAACAAAAUGAAUACUUGCUCUUUAGAUGAUUUGUGUGUCUGUUUGCGUUCUCAGUGCGUGUCUGAAAUAGCAGACAGUGUCUCCUACCAGACCUUAGGUCAACAAACAAAUUGAGAACCAUUGGACGGUCAAAUCCUCAAGUGUUCCAUUGCUGUCAUGCACAAUGAUUAUACCGACCAGUGCCCCUGACAAAUACCUCAACGCAAUCCGGCUAAAGGACUGCAAGCUGGAGUCAUGUCAAAGUGCGUCAAGACUAAGAGAGGAUGUCGCACUGUUGCAAAGAGCCAUGUCUCAUCUUCGGGAGUCAGGCUGGUACUGGGGCCCCCUGACAGCUACUCAGGCUAAACAAGUUCUGAUUAAAGCUCCAGAGGGGACUUUCCUGUUGCGGGACAGCUCCUACCAGGGCUACCUCCUCACCCUGUCUGUGAAGACCAGCCUUGGCCCCACACACCUCCACAUAGAGCAUGGCACUGGCAUGUUUGGCUUCGACCCUGUGAUUGUGUCAUGGCCACGAAUGCGGAGGGUUGAGGGGGCUGUAGAUCUGGUGCCUUGCCAAGCUUCUGGUCAGUUAAAAGGAGAGACUCAGAGCUCAAAAGGAAACAGGAGGAGCAAACCAUCCGCCCCCUGUAGAGAGAACUCUGCAGCUCAAGCUCAUCUGCCCCCUCCAUAAAGUUUUCCCUAGUCUCCAGCACUUUUGCCGCGUCACUAUUAACCAGCAUUCUCGCUGUCACCAGGACUUACCCUUGCCAGGGUGGCUACAUGACUUCUUGCUGGAAUACCCUUUUGUGCUGUAGGAAAUGCUUAUCUGAUGUUUUGAUAUUCCUGAAUUAGACUUUAAUUGGACAUCAAUGAUCAAUGUCCUAAUGUUGUGUUGAAAAUUGGCUCUCAGCUGUAUACAUGCUGGUUCCUAGAUGAUCAUUUAGCAAAUCCCUACGUGUAUUUUUACAUUUAUACUUGAGUCCUUUAGCAGAUGCUCUUAUCCAGAGCGACUUACAGGAGCAAUUAGGGUUAAGUGCCCUGUUCUAGGGAUCAUUGACAGAUUUUUCACCUAGUCGGCUCUGGGAUUUGAACCAGCAGCCUUUUGGUUACUGGCCCAACGCUGUUAACUGCUAUGUUUCAGAGGGAAAAUUCACCUACCUAUCACCAUCUUAGGUUAGUUAAACUAAAUUAACAAUUGAGAGUACUGAAAUGGAAUGUUGAAAUAAAUAACAGUUAGAAGAACAUGACAAAGGGGAAUAGAUAAAAGCUUUGUUAUUGUUCUAUAAACAGUAUUAAAGAACGAUUAUUGUAUAAUGGACCACAUUAAUUAAAAACACUAUACAGUAUUCAAC